AUGAAUUCAACUUAUUACGACCCUGCCAAUACACCCCGGUCCCUUAGCAAGCGAGACGGGGAGGAGACGGCUGAUGAAGAAGAGCCAGAUUUCUGGGCCCACGCCGCACCGGCAAAUCCUUGGAUGAGAGGCCACCGAACUCGUCAGAACAAUUUAACCACACUAGACGCACUACGCGAAAAUGAGCUGUACCGGGAGCCUGUUUUGCGUGCCCGAUCUUCCUACGAUGGCCUGGCGUUCUAUCGAGUACUCGGAUGGAGGAGCGAGAAUGUCGAAGCACUGUUGGCAUAG